ACAGGUGAUAGUAUGCCUCUCUUUGAAAUUGGUGUCAUUGCUACUUUAUUAGUCAAUCAGUUGAUAGUGCUGCAGUUUUGGUGUAUCUGAUGCAUACCAUCUGAAUGAAAGGCAUUUAAUUAGGGUUUUAAUAUCUCUAAGUAUUUAAAAAUGAAUUUUCUGCUAUCUCCAACUCUAGACAGUUCCUUACAUUGCAACAAAAUCGCUGUAUAAUUUUAACACAACAAUAAAUUAUGGAGGUACUGCAGACCUAUAUUAGCUUGCUAAAGUAUUAAUAUUUUAAAUUACCUCAAUUGCAUUUUUUGUUGGUGCCUACUAAGUAACUGUUUUGCAACGUAUAUUCACACAGCUCUGACUCAAAAAUUCGGAAGUGCAAAACAUGAGAAGGAAACAGUAGGAGAGGAGUUUACAGCUUUAAGGCAUGAGGAGCUUACAGCUUUUUAAUAUAAAUUGUUCCCAGAAUCCAUGUCACAGAUCCUUAUAUGGUGCUGCUUUUUUCCUCUUGGUUGCUAUGACAACAGCAGCACUGCACCAUUCAUCAGCUCUGGACCUGGGCUGCACUGCUAGCCUUCCUUGUUACUCCUGAAUGUUAAGAAGAACAUCCGUGAAUCAUUCACUCUGUUAACGCUGCGCCAUUAGAAACCUAAGAACCAGUUCUUCCAGUAAUUUGCUCUAACAGUGGGUGAACUAAACUGCGCCACAGAAAAAAAUUGUGUAAAAAUAUUUGUUUUAUCCUAAUGGAAUCAUACAACCUAUAUUUGCUGCAGUAUUCUGAAAGGAUAAGCUUAUGUCAACCAAUCUUAUGAAAAGAACUCGUCUGUGUAAUCUCUUGAAAUCAUUAGUUGUUCAAAACAGAAUACCACAGUGCUUCUCUGGAUACAAAACGAAGCAGGUGAUGUUGUUAGGGGUUCUAAACCCCUUUGGGAGCAUCUCUUGUGCUUUGGGACCGUAAUCAACAUCUGCUAUAAGAAGUAUCACCUGUAACGCACAGUAAGUUCUGCACAGCGUAAAGAGCUGGCUGGAGAUUGAAGUGUGGGUCAUUCCUGAUGUGUCAGGUCUGAUAACAGCGUGACCAGUGAAUAAGAAGCCUUUCAGCUUUUCUAGGGGAAAAGACUCUAUAGUAUUGACUAGUGAGGAAGAAAAAUUAAAACCUCCCCUCUGAGGAAGGCAAAGUUUGUUGAGAGCCCACGAAUUCCAGAAUCCGAGCUUGGCUCACCAACCCUCACUUCAGCUCAGAAACUGGACGUGGAUGCAUACUGCCCUGGUGAUGCUGAACAGGAGCUUGGCCCCCCUCCAUCUGUAGAUGAGGCAGCAAACACACUCAUGACUCGUCUGGGUUUCCUCCUUGGAGAGAAAGUCACAGAAGUUCAGCCAGGUGACCAAUACAGCAUGGAAGUACAGGAUGAAAAUCAGACCUCAGCAAUCACCCAGCGGAUAAGUCCUUGUUCCACUCUGACUAGCAGCACUGCCUCUCCACCAGCCAGUAGCCCCUGCUCUACACUCCCACCCAUCAGUACAAAUGCAACUGCCAAGGACUGCAGCUAUGGGGCUGUUACUAGUCCAACCUCUACCCUUGAAAGCAGAGAUAGUGGCAUCAUUGCUACGUUAACAAGCUAUUCUGAAAAUGUGGAACGCACAAAAUAUGCUGGGGAAAGCAGUAAAGAAUUAGGAUCUGGAGGAAACAUAAAACCUUGGCAAUCUCAAAAAUCCAGCAUGGACUCCUGUUUGUAUCGAGUAGAUGAAAACAUGACUGCUUCCACCUAUAGUCUGAAUAAGAUCCCAGAGAGAAAUUUGGAAACAGUGUUAUCUCAAUCAGUACAGUCUAUUCCUUUGUAUCUCAUGCCACGGCCAAAUUCAGUAGCAGCCACCAGCUCUGCCCACUUGGAAGACCUUGCUUACCUGGAUGAGCAGAGACAUACACCUUUGAGAACUUCUCUACGAAUGCCAAGACAGAGUAUGGGCGGUGCUCGCACACAGCAGGAUUUAAGAGUUCGCUUUGCACCUUAUAGGCCUCCAGAUAUCUCCUUGAAGCCUCUGCUCUUUGAAGUGCCCAGCAUCACUACAGAGUCAGUGUUCGUUGGCCGAGAUUGGGUUUUCCAUGAAAUAGAUGCUCAACUUCAAAGUUCAAAUGCCAGCGUGAACCAAGGAGUAGUGAUUGUGGGAAACAUUGGAUUCGGCAAAACUGCCAUCAUCUCCAGACUGGUGGCCCUCAGCUGCCACGGUACAAGAAUGAGACAGAUCGCCUCAGACAGCCCACAUGCCUCCCCCAAACAUGUGGAUGCCAACAGAGAGCUGCCACUCACACAGCCACCUUCAGCCCACUCAUCUAUCACCAGUGGAAGCUGCCCAGGAACUCCGGAAAUGCGCAGGCGGCAGGAGGAGGCUAUGCGAAGACUAGCCUCACAGGUGGUUGCCUAUCACUAUUGUCAAGCAGAUAAUGCCUACACUUGCUUGGUGCCAGAAUUUGUCCACAAUGUUGCUGCCUUGCUCUGCCGCUCACCUCAGCUGACAGCCUAUCGGGAGCAGCUUCUUCGGGAACCUCACCUGCAGAGCAUGCUGAGCCUUCGGUCCUGUGUUCAAGACCCCAUGGCCUCCUUCCGGAGGGGAGUCCUGGAGCCACUAGAAAAUCUCCAUAAAGAGAGAAAAAUCCCAGAUGAAGAUUUCAUCAUUUUAAUUGAUGGAUUAAAUGAAGCAGAAUUUCACAAACCGGAUUAUGGGGAUACAGUUGUAUCGUUUCUGAGUAAAAUGAUCGGAAAGUUUCCUUCUUGGCUUAAACUAAUUGUAACAGUUAGGACCAGUUUACAGGAAAUUACCAAGCUGCUGCCUUUCCAUAGGAUUUUUUUGGAUCGACUAGAAGAGAAUGAAGCCAUAGACCAGGACCUGCAGGCUUACAUCCUGCACCGGAUACACAGCAGCUCAGAGAUCCAGAAUAACAUUUCACUUAAUGGCAAAAUGGACAAUACUACAUUUGGCAAACUCAGUUCUCAUCUCAAGACCCUCAGUCAAGGGUCCUAUCUAUAUCUGAAACUUACAUUUGACCUCAUAGAGAAAGGCUAUCUAGUGUUAAAGAGCUCUAGCUACAAAGUAGUUCCUGUUUCGCUCUCAGAGGUUUAUUUACUCCAGUGCAAUAUGAAGUUCCCAACCCAGUCUUCCUUUGACCGGGUGAUGCCUCUCCUGAAUGUGGCAGUGGCCUCUCUCCACCCACUGACUGAUGAGCAUAUCUUCCAGGCCAUCAAUGCUGGGAGCAUUGAAGGCACACUAGAAUGGGAGGAUUUUCAGCAGAGAAUGGAGAACCUCUCCAUGUUCCUAAUCAAGCGCAGAGACAUGACUCGUAUGUUUGUACAUCCUUCUUUUCGAGAAUGGCUUAUCUGGAGAGAAGAAGGAGAGAAAACCAAAUUUCUCUGUGAUCCCAGGAGUGGUCACACGUUACUUGCCUUCUGGUUUUCCCGCCAAGAGGGAAAACUAAACCGACAGCAGACUAUUGAACUGGGACAUCACAUCCUCAAAGCACACAUUUUUAAGGGUUUGAGUAAAAAAGUUGGUGUAUCAUCCUCCAUUCUCCAAGGUCUCUGGAUCUCCUAUAGCACAGAAGGUCUUUCCAUGGCACUGGCGUCUUUACGAAAUCUCUACACUCCAAAUAUAAAGGUCAGCCGACUGCUGAUUUUGGGAGGUGCCAAUAUUAAUUACCGGACAGAGGUUUUAAAUAAUGCUCCAAUUCUAUGUGUUCAGUCCCAUCUUGGUUACACAGAAAUGGUAGCCCUGCUCCUGGAGUUCGGGGCCAACGUGGAUGCCUCUUCUGAAAGUGGCCUGACUCCCCUGGGAUAUGCUGCAGCAGCAGGGUACCUGAGCAUUGUAGUGCUGCUGUGCAAGAAACGGGCCAAGGUGGAUCAUUUGGAUAAGAACGGGCAGUGUGCUUUGGUUCAUGCUGCACUCCGAGGUCAUCUGGAGGUUGUCAAGUUUUUGAUUCAGUGUGACUGGACGAUGGCCGGUCAGCAGCAAGGAGUAUUUAAGAAGAGCCAUGCCAUCCAGCAGGCCCUCAUUGCUGCAGCCAGCAUGGGUUAUACUGAGAUUGUCUCCUACCUACUUGAUCUUCCAGAAAAAGAUGAAGAGGAAGUAGAGCGAGCACAGAUCAACAGCUUUGACAGUCUCUGGGGAGAGACAGCCCUAACAGCUGCAGCCGGAAGGGGCAAACUGGAGGUGUGCCGUUUGCUCUUGGAACAAGGGGCGGCAGUGGCCCAGCCAAACCGCCGAGGGGCAGUGCCACUAUUCAGCACAGUGCGCCAGGGCCACUGGCAGAUUGUUGAUCUUUUACUCACCCAUGGAGCUGAUGUCAACAUGGCAGACAAGCAGGGCCGCACUCCCCUGAUGAUGGCUGCUUCCGAAGGCCAUCUAGGAACUGUGGACUUUCUACUUGCACAAGGUGCCUCCAUUGCUCUUAUGGACAAAGAAGGAUUGACAGCCCUCAGCUGGGCUUGUUUGAAGGGCCAUCUCUCAGUAGUACGUUCUCUGGUGGAUAACGGAGCUGCCACAGACCAUGCUGACAAGAAUGGCCGUACCCCACUGGAUCUGGCAGCUUUCUAUGGCGAUGCUGAGGUGGUCCAGUUCCUGGUAGAUCAUGGGGCCAUGAUCGAGCACGUUGACUACAGUGGAAUGCGCCCUUUGGAUAGGGCAGUGGGGUGCCGGAACACUUCUGUUGUUGUCACUCUUCUGAAGAAAGGAGCCAAGAUAGGUUGUCAGACGUUACCGAGUCGCCCACGAGGUCCAGCCACAUGGGCGAUGGCCACCUCCAAGCCAGACAUCAUGAUCAUCCUGUUGAGCAAGCUGAUGGAAGAGGGGGACAUGUUUUAUAAGAAAGGUAAAGUAAAGGAAGCUGCCCAGCGCUACCAGUACGCCCUGAAGAAGUUCCCUAGAGAAGGGUUUGGUGAGGACUUGAAAACUUUCCGGGAACUAAAGGUGUCUCUCCUCCUCAACCUCUCUCGAUGUCGCAGGAAAAUGAACGAUUUUGGAAUGGCGGAGGAAUUUGCUACUAAGGCCCUGGAGCUGAAACCGAAAUCUUAUGAAGCUUACUAUGCGAGAGCAAGGGCAAAACGCAGCAGCAGACAGUUCGCAGCAGCCUUAGAGGACCUGAACGAGGCCAUCAAGCUGUGUCCCAACAACCGUGAGAUCCAGAGACUUCUGCUGAGAGUGGAAGAAGAGUGCAGACAGAUGCAGCAGCCACAGCAGCCACCACCACCGCCGCCGCCACCGCAGCCUCAGCAACAGUUGCCGGAAGAAGUAGAACCUGAACCACAGCAUGAAGACAUAUACUCUGUACAGGAUAUAUUCGAGGAGGAGUACCUGGAACAGGAUGUUGAAAAUGUUUCCAUCGGCCUCCAGACAGAGGCCCGGCCCAGCCAGGGGCUCCCGGUCAUCCAGAGCCCACCCUCCUCUCCCCCGCAUCGGGACUCAGCCUACAUCUCCAGCUCACCUCUUGGCUCUCAUCAGGUUUUUGACUUCCGGUCCAGUAGUUCUGUAGGCUCUCCCACUAGACAGACCUAUCAGUCCACCUCACCUGCCCUUUCUCCAACUCAUCAGAACUCACAUUACAGGCCUAGCCCACCACACACUUCCCCAGCUCAUCAGGGAGGAUCAUACCGUUUCAGCCCCCCUCCUGUGGGAGGACAGGGCAAAGAAUACCCAAGCCCUCCCCCUUCUCCUCUCCGGAGAGGCCCUCAGUAUCGGGCCAGCCCUCCAGCUGAAAGUAUGAGUGUCUAUAGAUCCCAGUCUGGUUCACCCGUGCGCUAUCAGCAGGAAACAAAUGUCAGUCAGCUUCCUGGCAGACCCAAAUCUCCAUUAUCCAAAAUGGCCCAGCGGCCCUACCAGAUGCCUCAGCUCCCUGUGGCAGUUCCCCAGCAAGGGCUCAGGCUACAGCCUGCCAAGGCCCAGAUUGUGAGAAGUAACCAGCCCAGCCCAGCGGUCCAUUCAAGCACUGUCAUCCCCACAGGAGCCUAUGGCCAAGUAGCCCAUUCAAUGGCCAGUAAAUACCAGUCUUCACAAGGAGACAUAGGAGUCAGCCAGAGCCGGUUGGUUUAUCAAGGGUCAAUUGGGGGAAUUGUAGGGGAUGGGAGGCCGGUGCAGCAUGUCCAAGCCAGCCUGAGUGCAGGCGCCAUCUGUCAGCACGGAGGAUUGACCAAAGAGGAUCUUCCACAGCGACCUUCCUCAGCAUACCGAGGUGGCGUGAGAUACAGCCAGACACCACAGAUCGGACGCAGCCAGUCAGCAUCCUAUUACCCAGUCUGUCACUCAAAACUAGAUCUGGAGCGCUCCUCCAGCCAACUAGGUUCCCCUGAUGUGUCGCAUUUAAUCAGAAGACCUAUCAGCGUCAACCCUAACGAAAUCAAACCGCACCCACCAACUCCCAGGCCAUUGCUGCAUUCCCAAAGUGUGGGCCUUCGCUUCUCUCCAUCUAGCAAUAGUAUCUCCUCCACCUCCAACCUAACUCCAACCUUCCGGCCAUCUUCUUCCAUCCAGCAAAUGGAGAUCCCACUGAAACCCGCAUAUGAGAGGUCAUGUGACGAGCUGUCACCAGUGUCUCCAACUCAAGGAGGUUACCCCAGUGAGCCCACCCGAUCCAGGACCACACCAUUCAUGGGGAUCAUAGAUAAAACAGCGCGGACUCAGCAGUACCCCCACCUCCACCAGCAGAAUCGGACCUGGGCAGUGUCAUCCGUGGACACCGUCCUCAGUCCCACGUCUCCAGGCAACCUGCCUCAGCCCGAGUCCUUCAGUCCACCAUCAUCCAUCAGCAACAUUGCCUUUUAUAACAAAACCAACAAUGCACAGAAUGGCCAUUUGCUGGAGGAUGAUUAUUACAGCCCCCAUGGGAUGCUGGCUAACGGGUCUCGCGGAGACCUCUUGGAGCGAGUCAGCCAGGCCUCCUCCUAUCCCGAUGUGAAGGUUGCUCGGACUCUACCUGUGGCUCAGGCAUACCAGGACAACCUGUACAGGCAGCUGUCCCGAGACUCUCGGCAAGGGCAGACAUCCCCUAUCAAACCAAAGAGACCAUUUGUGGAGUCUAAUGUUUAAAAGACGUUUUGUUGGAGUGAGACCCAUAUGUUUUCACUGCACAUUUUCAGGCUUGGUUUCCACAUUUGAGGUAGUUCUCUGGCUUAAUUUCUCAUGUAGUUUCUGUGUGGUGUUCAGAGGUGGCAGCCCACAUGCUGAAAUCCUUUGCAUGCAGCCGACUGGGAAGCGGCCUCCCGGGAGCCAGGACUUCAGUUUCUCUUGUCUGUGCCCAGCCACAUGCUCUCUCCCUCUCUUCAGAUGCCAACGAGGAGAUUUUCGUGCCAUGUGCUUUAACCCAGGGAGAUCAGACACACUGGUCAGCUUUUUCCAGGAGACAAUCGCUUUCACUGAUGUUCUUGUUGUGUAAUUGUCUUUUUCUUUUUUUAAAAAAUAAGGUGUUCUUGUUCGUU